AUGAACCCUCCUCUUUCUCCUCAAAAGAGCAAAAGAAAAAGGACCAUCAGUUCCGGCUCCUAUGUCGUAGAGUCCCGCCUAGUUGAAAACUUACAGAGCGACUUCGAGGAAGACAACCAGGAGCCUGGUGGCACUCAUACUUCGAAGCGAUCAAGGCCAGGCAAAAUGAGAGGUAACCCAAAAGACCAGCCAUGCCAACGCUGCUUUACCAAGAUGAUCGACAACGGGCCAGAGAAUUUGUGUUUAUCUCAAGCAAAGGAUAGUACCACAGCUUGUUACCCAUGUGCUCGCGAUACCAAGAAAAAAUGUCAGCAACUCUCUGACCAUCUUCACCAUCAUGGAGCUCGCCUCCAGGCUGCAGCACUUCGCAUCGCGAACGAUCAGCCGGCUGAGAGCUGGUAUCGACUUGCGACUGCGGCCAGGAGCGCUAUGGAAAGCGGCGUUGAGGUGAAGCCUAAAGUCGCACCUCGUGCUCAAAUCAGUCAAGGUCCAACUUUGGCAUCUGCCCAGACUGAUGCUCAAGUCCAGCUUCACCCUUCUGGUCAAAGCCCUCCGGAAGUCCAGGAUCUCCCUCAGCCAGCAGCUGCCUCGCAAAGUCCUGGCGAUGCAAUGUUCCAACAGAUGUUAGCGGAACUUCGGCAAAUCAAUGCACUGUCAAGAGAGACUAACCAGUUGUUGGGUGAAGUUGUUAGGCAACAACGAGAAGAAAGGGAAGUGUCACAAAGACAGGCCGAUUGUCUCCUUCGAAUCAUUCUUGAAAUGAAUGCCUUCAAUCAAGGCACUGAGGCAAACUUGCCUCCCUUUGAGUGA